CCCAACUCGGCUCUUCGGGUCCUUCGGUUGACGGCCUGAAACCGGAGGAGUUUUGAGACAGAGAGAUCAGUUAGUUCACUUUUGGUAUCUUUGCAGAAAGGUUUGCGAUAUUUUCGAGGAAGCCAAACGAGAGUGUCGAGGCGUUUCCGAAACAGUAUCCCAUUUUUAUAAGCCCUCAAAAUUAAUUUUUUUUGCUGCACCGAAGCACUAAGCUCAUAUAUAUUGUGCAUGUGUACUUUCUACUCUUACAUACAUACAUAUGUAUAAUACGAAGGUGUCCAAGAUAUGUUUUGUGCUGACGUAACACACCUACAAUUUCCUGUACGAAACUCUUUUAGCCUAAGCCAAGUCGAGCAUAGUUUGCUUGGUCGUUACUGUCACUACCAGGCCCCGUUGUAUAAUAGAGUUUUAUGACGCGGCUUGAAGGCAGACAGUUGCUGAUCAGUUUUCAUUAGAUCCAAAAUGUUAUUUGUGGUUUUGAGGUGCUUUCAAGAAUUUAAAAAAGUUUGACGUCGUGUUUGUGGAAGACGUGGAAAACUGGAAAAUGUUGUGAGACUUUUUGAAAUAUUCAACGGAUCUGGAAAGGAGGUCAACGAAUACAUAUUUAAAAUAUAUCCAAGUGAAAAGCAAGAUAAACAUUUAUCAUCUCAGAAUGGAUGAUCCAAAUAGACUUGGAAUAGUUGGUUAUUCGGAAAUGCCAAACCCAAACCGAAAAAUUUCAGUUAGUUUUGUGAGUGAAGUUGGACCAACGUGUAAUUCUAUCGACCCCACGCAAGGAUUUGGAUCGCAUUUAGAUCCAUCCCUCAAAUACUUGCAGCAAAAAAUACUGCGUCUUCAAGUUGCACAGGUCAUACUGGGACUGACGUUGAUGGUCUUGAGUGGAGUGGCACUUAUUUCGACGGUGGAGGAGAGAGGUCUUUUUGGCCUCGGCUUUGGUCUCGUUUCUGCUCUUCUAGGGAUCAUAUCUGCAGCAUUUGGAAUCCAGCAAUGCGAUUUGAAAAUGACAUCUAUUCUCAACAUCCUCGCACUUUUGGGACUCUUGCCUACAUUUUAUUUCGCGAUCGAGAGUCUGGUCGACUAUUCCCGAUUCUAUUUAUCCCAAGGAGAUUUCAGUCAAAAGAACUACACUUCAACUUUCACAGGGUCGGAUCACGAUGGAAAGCACGAAUUUCACAAUCAUCAACAUCAUCAAGUUCACAAUCAUCACUUGUCGGAUGGCGAUACCCUUUCGUACGACCCCUCGUCGAUAACCACCAUUUGGACGCUGAGUUGGCUGGAGCUCUUUCAUCUCAUUCCCAUGGCUGUCUCCAUCCUCUACCUUCUCUUUCUCUACAGGCAUUUGAGCUAUUACACACACUACUAAAUAGCUAAAUAUGAGUCAAGCAGCAAAGGUCAUCACUGGUUCAAAUGCUGACUAUUGUGCAGAUAAAUGUGUAUGAUGCUUCCUUCCUCCUCCGGCCGAUACCCCGAACAAUCAUUUCCUUCAAUAUGUAUGUCAUACCCACCACCUCAUUUGACGUAAAUAUGCAAAUAUGCAUAGGAUAUAUUAUUUAAAAACAUAUCCUUAAUAUGUGGCAUAUAAGUAGACGUAAAAUUAUGCAGUAACUAUUCAAAAUAAUUUAAAGAGUGCUUCUAAAAUGUUGUAAUAA